UUUAACUCCGGCUGUGAGUCUGAUUUUAACUCCUGCUGCCGGUUGAACGCAGCCUGUCGCUGCUGCAUCGCUCUGAAAAUGGCGGACAAAACGCCAGGCGGGGCUCAUAAGGCCAACUCGAAGGCUUUGCUGGAAAGCAAGUUGAAAGCCUUCAGCAUUGGCAAGAUGGCUGUGGCUAAAAGAACCCUGAGCAAAAAGGAGCAAGAUGAGCUCAAGAAGAAGGAGGAUGAAAAAGCAGCUGCAGAAAUCUAUGAGGAAUUCCUCGCUGCCUUUGAAGGAGGUGAAGGCAGAGUCAAGACGUUUGUCCGAGGGGGCAUCGCUAAUGCCAGCAAAGAGGAAGCUGCAGCUGAUGAUAAGAGAGGAAAGCUCUACAAACCAAAAUCAAGAGUUUUGGAGGCCAAAAGUUUUCUGCCCCUGGAAACACCUCCACAGUUUCUUGCGUUAGACAAACGUAACGCGUCAAAGAAAGGAGAGAAAGAAAAGAAAAAGAGCAACCUUGAACUUUUCAAAGAGGAGCUUAAACAGAUCCAGGAGGAGCGUGAUGAACGCCACCGGUUGAAGGGGAGAGUCAGUAGAUUUGAGCCUGUGUCAGCCAUGGAGGGAAGAAGAUCGUCGGAUGGUUCUUCACGAAGAAACCGUCCGUCCAGUGUUUUGGAUGACUCUGCUCCGGGCUCACACGACGUUGGUGACCCAUCAACCACAAACCUUUACUUGGGAAAUAUAAAUCCUCAGAUGAAUGAGGAGAUGCUCUGUCAGGAGUUUGGCCGCUAUGGUCCUCUGGCCAGUGUGAAGAUCAUGUGGCCCAGGACGGAUGAGGAGAGGGCCAGGGAGAGGAACUGUGGCUUUGUCGCAUUCAUGACAAGGAGAGAUGCAGAACGAGCGCUUAAACACUUAAAUGGAAAAAUGAUAAUGAACUUUGAAAUGAAACUGGGAUGGGGCAAAGGCGUGCCAAUUCCACCUCACCCCAUUUACAUUCCCCCCUCCAUGAUGGAGCACACUCUUCCCCCUCCGCCCUCCGGCCUGCCCUUCAACGCUCAGCCCAAAGAGAGGCUGAAGAACCCAAACGCUCCAAUGCCUCCUCCGCCCAAGAACAAAGAGGAGUUUGAGAAGACUCUGUCGCAAGCCAUAGUCAAAGUGGUUAUCCCAACAGAAAGGAAUUUGCUCUGUCUCAUCCACCGAAUGAUCGAGUUUGUGGUGCGUGAGGGACCCAUGUUUGAGGCCAUGAUCAUGAACAGAGAAAUCAACAAUCCUUUAUACAGGUUUUUAUUUGAGAAUCAGAGCCCAGCUCAUGUGUAUUACAGGUGGAAGCUGUAUUCCAUACUACAGGGAGAUUCUCCAACUAAAUGGAAGACAGAUGACUUUAGGUUGUUUAAGAACGGCUCUUAUUGGCGGCCGCCUCCUCUAAACCCUUACCUGCACGGCACUCCUGAGGACGAGGAGUGUGAUGAUGACGACGAAGAGGAAAGCAGCAAGAAGGGAUCCCUGAAGGACGAUGAGAGAGACAAGCUGGAGGAGAUGCUCCGUGGCCUCACCCCGAGGAGGAGUGAUGUUGCUGAGGCCAUGCUGUUCUGCCUCACCCACGCAGACGCAGCCGAGGAGAUCGUGGAAUGUGUCGCUGAAUCUCUGUCCAUCCUUAAAACUCCACUCCCGAAAAAGAUUGCGAGGUUGUAUUUGGUGUCAGAUGUCUUGUAUAACUCCUCCGCUAAAGUCUCUAAUGCGUCCUACUACAGAAAAUUCUUCGAAGCAAAACUCUGCCAGAUAUUCUCUGAUCUCAACGCCACCUUCAAGACGAUACAGGGCCACUUGCAGUCGGAGCAUUUUAAGCAACGAGUGAUGUCGUGUUUCCGGGCAUGGGAGGACUGGGCGGUGUAUCCUGAUCCGUUCCUCAUCAAACUCCAGAACAUUUUCCUGGGACUCGUCAGUCUGGAUCCAGACAAAGAGACCCCCACAGAGCUGGUGUCUGAACAGCCCGUUGAACAGGUGGAGGAUAUAGAUGGCGCCCCUAUUGUGGAGGAGGAGCUGGACGGCGCUCCUCUGGAGGACGUCGACGGCACUCCGAUCGACGGAGCUCCUCUGGAUGGAGCUCCAAUGAUGGACGACCUGGAUGGAGUUCCCAUAAAGGGCACGGAGGAUGAGCUGGACGGAGUUCCCUUAGAUGGACCAAAACCAGCUUUUAAGAUGGCUCCAUCAAAAUGGGAGGAAGUGGAUGGAGCGGCUCUGGAGGCUCAAGCUGUAACCACUUCAAAAUGGGAAAUCUUUGAACUGCCAGAAGAGUCUGAAAAGACUAACGAGAGCAGGAAAACACAUGAAACCGACGUCAAAGAGACUUUGAAGAGCGUCUACUCUACAGAACAGCCAUCUCACUCCCAGCCUGUUAAAGAAGAAUACCAAGACUCAAAAUCCGCCAAGCUGUCAGAGAUGAGUGAGGAGAAGCGCGCUAAACUGCGGGAAAUCGAGCUCAAAGUGAUGAAGUUCCAGGAUGAGCUGGAGUCGGGGAAACGGCCGAAAAAAUCAGGACAGAGUAUUCAAGAACAAGUGGAGCUCUACAGGGACAAGUUAUUGCAGAGGGAAAAGGAAAAAGAGGUGGAGAAUAAAGAGAAGGAGAAAGAGAAAAAAGAAAAAGACAAAGCCGAAGUCACGCACAAAGAGAAGGAAAAAGAGGAGUCUUCAUCCAACAGAAAAGAAAAGAAACGCAGGCACAGUCCCUCCCCCAGUCCCACUCGCAGUAGCUCCAGCCGUCGCGGCCGCUCCCCGUCUCCACGGUCCGAGCGCUCAGACAGGUCCUACACCAAGGACAGCUCACGGUCCUCUUAUAAAGACUCGCCACGAGACAGUAGCAGGAAAUCCUCCAAAAGGUCACCUUCCCCACCUGUAACACCCAAACGUUCCCGCAGAUCCAGAUCGCGAACGCCCAAGAAAUCCUCCAAGAAAUCCAGGUCGCGUUCCCGAUCGCCACACCGUUCUCACAAGAAAUCCAAAAAGAGCAAGCACUGAAACGCAGCUGGAGCCACAGAGCAGCUGGAAUCUCUUUUUGUGCCUGAAUUUCGUCCUGUAAAUCUGUGUGGGAAGCGUUCCCCGUUCAGCCUCUCUCCCUUCGAAGUCCACUCCCAUCUGCACGCGUACAGUGUCCUCAAGGGUCUACACAGGAGUAUUUUAUAUUGUCAAAUAAGGGGCUUCCUCCGACGUCUUAAUUCGUCACGACAGAAAAUGAGUUGACGUCUCAGAACUAUGGCAUUAUUUUUGGUCAUGGUUUUUAGAUCCCUUGAAAAUGACUUAAAUUAAAAUAGUGUAUAUGUUUCAGUUGUAUAGAUGUUUUGAUUUUCAAUAAAGACACAACUUAUGUCACCUCUGA